AUGGCAGCCAAUUUCAGGCAGAUCCAGCCUGCGCCUCGAGACGAUAACUCUCCCGAGUCAGAAGAAGGCGGCCAUUUCGUCCUCGGCCGGUCUUAUCGUAUCGCUAAACGCAAACGGCAGCAUGUCAGGGUAGCUUGUAAUCCCUGUCGCGAAAAGAAACGCGCCUGCAACGGUGCAGAACCUCAAUGUGACCAGUGUCGAUUGCGGAGCUUAUCCUGCAUUUACCGAGUUCCACCCAAAACGGUGGAUUCAACCAUCAAGGUUCAGAAACAACUUGAUACUCUCCAGAACAACUUCAAUCAGUAUGCCGAUAUUGUGGAUCAACUCAAGACGCUUCCUGAAUAUGAAGCUCUCAAGCUUCUGCAGCGGCUGAGGUCAUCAGAAAAUGCGUUAUCACCACUGGGCACAGUCAGACUUUCAAAUCACAAGACAUCUCAAGCUUUGUUACCGACUACCAGUUCGAGAAUUGAAUUUGAGCUCACAGCGCUUCAUGGGAUUGUGUAUCCUACGUUAUUACCCAUCGAUAUUACGGGGCUUGAUAUUCCGCCCUUAGAGAAACCUGCAUCGCCUUCUUCGACACUUUCAAAUUCCGGUAGUCUUGUGAGAAAACCUUCGAAUACGCCUGUUGUUCUUGCAGAAGCUGGGUCGAAACCGUAUUGUGAUUCUAGAUUGAAGGAUCUUGAUAUUUCCUACUGGACGAAAGUGCCUAUUAGCAAUGCUUCGGCUGCGACCUUGAUAUCGCUGUAUUUGGAGACGGAUCAGACAAUUGUUGCUUUCAUCGAUGCAGAUUUGUUCGUUGGGAGUCUUGCGGAUAGAACGCCUAGAUUCUGCUCUUCAUUUCUCGUCACGGCGAUGCUAUAUGUGGCAUGUUAUGCUUAUACUGCGAAAGAUCUCACCGCAAUACCCCUCGGAAACCUGUUUCUUAGAGAAGCCGAAAGGCUGUUCCGUGCUGAAGGAUCAUCUGACGACGUACUCACGCUGGCUGCCAUCAACACUCUGAGUCUGGGAUGUUUCUUCAGUGGAAACGAUACGUUAGCCAGAGAACUCCAGGCCGCUGGUCGUAAUAUGGGGCGAAGGCUUGUUUUAUAUGGUGUACCUCAUCAUAGUCCAUCCUCGUUGGCUUUUCGAAGAUUGCCGGAUGAUCUGCUUCGCAUGACGGCGCAUGUGGCGUGGAGUACAUACAACUGGUUGACGAUACAUGUUAUGUUCUUCUAUGACGAGAGUAUAUCCCAUACCCCCUCUCUUCCAGUCCCUGGCGCCGAUAGAGACGACUAUCCAGACCACGCCUGGCCUGACCAUCCUCUUCCCAAGUACAUGGGCAAGUCAUUCACCAAACUAUGUCACUUCUUUUCAAUAGUCGAAGAGGUCGCGGCUGUAUACUCUGCCAACGACAGGAUACCCAUCUUCAACCGAGUUCCGAUAGCGUUUGCAGAAGCGAAGUAUCAAAAAAUGUUGCAUUGGGCGGAUUCUCUCAGUAAGGAUAUGGCGUGGAAUAAGGAUAGUCAUGAGCACAUCUUUCUCUUCCACAUGUGGUUCCAUUGCGCAGUCCUCGACAUCUUCCGUCCCUUCGCCCAAACCCAACAAGACUACAAACUCCGCUCCUUCAACUCCCAAGACAGCACGCCCAAAACCAUCUUCUCCGCCUCCCUCAACCAAAUGAAACGCCUCGCCCUUAUUUACCGAACCCAAAAAAUGCCCAACAGUUACAUGCCCUACAUAAACAUAUCCCUAAUCCACAUCGCCAACACAAUUUGCAAAGAACCCCCCUUCGAUUUAACAUCCAAAUUCUACUUUCUACUCUGUAUACGCUACUGGCAGCAUUUAUACGUCGGCUACCCGAUCUUCUCACAUGUCAUACAAGCAUUUCUCACAAUGGCGAUAAAUAAUGGACUUAUGAGCAAUAGAGAAGCCAAGACACUAAUGGCAGAGGUUUUAGCGGGUGGAAAACAUCAUGAGUUGGCGCAUGAGGGCAUUCAGACGAAUUUCAUUGUGGAUUUUGAUUUGGCUAUGACGAAUCCGGAUGAGGCUGGUGUUCAGGCUGUGGCGCAGAAGUUUGAGGAGGUUGCGCUGUUUGAUGAGUUUGCUGUUUACAAGAAGGAGGGGGAUUGA